AUGACAGAUCUUAGUGAUUCUAAACAAUCAACAAUCGCUAGUCUAGACGACAAGAGUGAGAAGAUCACACGUAUUACAUCAAUUGAAAUGGACAAAAAAUGCGAUCUCCAGGAGAUUGAAACUCUGCCUCCAGUUAAAUCCACGGAUGAUAGCGAUCAAGACACCUCUGACAAGAAAGCAGCAAAAAAAAAGAAAGCGCGCUCACUGCCAAUUUGGUCUCUUUUCCGAUAUGCCACCAUUUCAGACAAGUUCAUGAUUUUUAUUGCCACCAUCUUCUCCGUUUGCAUAGGAGCAAUUCAGCCUGCAUCUAUCAUCAUCCUUGGAAAAUUCUUGACCAACCUUCAGACGGCCUUGCUCACACCUUCAACUGUCCUUGAUUCUUCAAUGAACUUGAUCCUCGUUUACGUAUAUCUGGGAACAGCUGUCACAAUUGCUGCCUACGUAUCUAAUGCAUUCUGGGUGCUCAGUGGUGAAAACCAGACCCGCCGAAUUCGUCUAAAGUAUGUCCACGCCAUCCUUCGUCAAGACAUGACCUGGUUUGACAAGGCUGAAGAUGGUUCUCUCACUACCCGCUUGGCCGCAGACACUCAAAUGAUCCAGGAUGGCACCUCUGAAAAAUUUGGUCUCUUUGUUAAAUCGAUUGCUCAAUUUCUUACCGGCUUUAUUAUCGCAUUUACUCAAGGAUGGCGUCUUGCUGUGGUUAUGCUGGCAACUGUACCUGUCUUGGUUGGCGUGGGCAGUGCUAUGGGUUUCUUUAUCUCAAAGUACACACUUGAAACCCAGGAUUCUUAUGCCAAGGCCGGUUCGGUUGCAGAGCAAGCGUUUUCUGGUAUCCGUACAGUCUACUCCUUCUCCCUUCAAACCCGUUUCUCUAACCUCUACAACAAGAAGCUUCAGGAUGCCAGAAAAGGCGGAAUUAAGUCAGGAAUAGCGCUUGGUGUUGGACUUGGUUUUUUUAUGUUUACCAUAUUUGCUACAUACGCUCUUGCUUUCUGGUAUGGUGGCCAGCUUGUUAUCAAAGGCCAGAUCAACGGUCCUACUGUUCUCGUAGUCUUUAUGUCUAUGAUCACUGGUGCAAUGUCUCUUUUGCAAAUGCCACCAAACCUGUCUGCUGUAUCUAGUGCCUGUGGUGCUGCUUACAAGAUCUAUUCAACCAUUGAACGUGUUCCUGAGAUUGACCCAGACUCUCCCCUAGGCAGUCAACCAGCCAAGAUUACUGGAGAUAUCGAGUUCCGCAACGUUAAAUUCACUUACCCCACCCGUCCUGAUGUACCCAUCCUCAAGAAUCUCAACCUCAAAAUCCGCCCAGGUCAGACUGUUGCCUUUGUCGGUCCUUCUGGCUCCGGAAAGUCCACAAGUGUCCAGCUUCUCCAGCGCUUUUAUGAUCCCAUUGAUGGUCAGGUUCUGCUUGAUGGCGAGGAUCUCAAGUCUUACAACGUUGCAUGGUUACGCACACAGAUUGGCGUUGUCAGCCAGGAGCCUGUAUUGUUUAACAUGACUAUUCGCAAGAACUUACUUAUGGGCACAUUCCGCGAUGUCCCCAAUGAGGAGAUGAUCGAAGCAUGCAAGAAAGCAAACUGUCACUCUUUUAUCUCUGAAUUACCUGAAGGCUACAACACUCUUGUUGGUGAGCAUGGAGGUAUGCUUUCCGGUGGUCAGAAGCAGCGUGUUGCUAUUGCCCGUGCUAUUAUCAAGAACCCCUCGAUCUUACUACUGGAUGAAGCCACCUCUGCUCUUGAUACCCAAUCUGAACGUCUGGUCCAGAAAGCAUUAGAUGCCGCAGCUGCCGAUCGUACAACCAUCGUUAUUGCCCAUCGUCUCUCUACCAUUCGUAGAGCUGACUUGAUUGUUGUCAUGGAUAAAGGUGAUCUCGUUGAACAAGGUACUCACAAUGAGUUGCUCGCCCUAAAUGGUGUUUACGCUGGACUCGUUGCCAAGCAGCAAAUUGCUACCACUCAAAUUGGACAUGUCGAAGAAGAAAUCGAUGACGAAGAACUUUUGAAGCAAGAAACCAUGGAAUUAAAGAAAGAACAAGCAAACCAGCAAGAAUUCAAGGCUACUUUGGAAAAGGUUCCAUCUCACUUUGUCACUACAUUAUUAUCCAACUCCCUAUCCAGAGUCAACACAAACAUUUCUGUCGACGCAUUUGAACUCAAGCUUAAAAGACACAGGGAAGGCAAGAAGGCUGUCAUGCAAAAGUCUGCCCCUGUUUGGAGAGUUCUUAAAAUGAUGCGCCCCGAAUGGCACUUGCUUUUCAUUGGUCUGUGGGGUGCUGUCUUUGCUGGUGGUGUUUUCCCUUGUUUCUCUAUCGUCUUUUCCCGUGUCACCGUCAUUCUGUCAUUUACUCCCGAGAAUAUUGCACCUGGACCUUUCCAGGGUGCCAAUCUAUAUGCAUUUAUCUUUGUUGUUCUUGGUAUAAUAGCCUUCAUCGGAUUCACCGCCCAGAUUGUUUCCUUUGAGGUUGCUGGUGAGCGUUUCACCGAACGCCUUCGUGGUCAGAUUUUUGCAGGCCUGUUGCGUCAAGAGAUUGGAUAUUAUGAUGACCCAGAACAUAGUCUUGGAGCAUUAACCACCAAGCUUGCCGUUGACUCGAAGAAUGUAAAUCAAAUGAUUACCAGAGCAUGGGGAGAUAUUGCUCAAAUUAUCGCAACCAUUAUAACUGGUUUCUCGAUUGCUUUCUCCCAAAGCUGGCUUUUUGCAUUGAUUAUUUGCUGUAUGGGUCCCUUUAUUUUUGGCGCAGCUUAUUAUGAGUCAGAGCUAGAGUGUGGAUUCGAAGACAAGACCAAAAAGGCCAACGAACAGAGCGGUGAAGUCGCCGGUGAGGCUAUCAAGGAAAUUCGCACAGUUGCUGCUCUCAACAAACAAAUCCAUUUUGAAGAAAAGUAUUACAAGGCUACCGAGCAUCCUCAUAAACUUGCUCAGCGUAAGGCACUCACUGCAUCCCUUGGUUAUGGCCUUCAGCAAGGCAUCAGUCUUUUUACCAAUGCCGUUGGUUAUUAUGCCGGUAUGCGCUUGAUUUCGGAAGGCAGAAUCAACUUCCAGCAGAUGUUUACAACCAUGCUGGGUAUCAUGCUUACCGCAGAAGGUAUCGGCCGUGGAAGUGUUUUUAUCCGUACUUUUGCCAAGGCCAAGUACGCUGCCAUUUCUUCUUUUGAGAUCCUUGACCGUAUUCCAUCGAUUGAUCCAGAGCUUGAAGGUGUUGAGCCUGCCUCGUCUCAGAUUGCUGGAGAUAUUAAGUUUGAAGACAUUACCUUCCGUUAUCCUGCCCGUCCUAAUAUCUCCAUCUUCGACGGUGAAUUCAAUCUUAAAGGAAAGGCUGGUCAAACCAUUGCUCUUGUUGGUGCUUCCGGAUGUGGCAAGUCUACUACUAUUGGUAUGCUUCAGCGCUGGUAUGACCCUAUCACUGGUACAGUCCGUCUCGAUGACAACAAUGUGAAAAACUAUUCGCUUGGAAAUCUUCGUAGCCAUAUGUCCUUGGUUGGUCAGGAACCAGUUUUGUUUGAUAUGACUAUUGGUGAAAACAUCCGUUUUGGUGUUGAUGAAGACAAGACUAUUAGUCAAGAUAUGGUUGAAGAGGUUUGCCGUGCUGCCAACAUUCACACGUUUAUUACCAGCUUACCACAAGGUUAUGACACUCGUGUUGGUGACAAGGGAUCUCAGCUAUCCGGUGGACAAAAGCAACGUAUUGCAAUUGCUCGUGCCUUGAUCCGUAAACCACGAGUACUACUUUUGGACGAAGCUACUUCUGCCCUGGAUUCCGAGUCAGAGAAGCUGGUACAAGCUGCUAUCGAUAACAUCUUGGAAGAAGGUGGUCGUACUACAAUUACCAUUGCACAUCGUCUGUCUACUAUCCAAGGAGCAGAUCUUAUUUGUGUUGUAAAAGGUGGCCGCGUUGUUGAGCAAGGCACUCAUUGGGAAUUACUUAAAUUGAAUGGUGCUUACAGUAGUCUAGUUCACCAGCAGUCUCUGAAUGCCAACUAA